AUGCCUGACUACGUCUAUGCUCUUCACGAUUUCUCGCCCGAGAACGAUGAUGAAGUGCCGUUCAGGGCUGGUGAACGGAUAGAAGUAAUUGAAAAGGAUGAAGCCUAUGGUGAUGGAUGGUGGCAGGUACGUAUAGCGCUCUCGUAUCCUAUAAUUCCCUUGCUCCCUUCUCCACUUCUAUGUCUAGGAGCUAACGCUGUAGUUUCAAAGGGGCGAAAUCUCGCAGGCAAAACUGGUUUAUUUCCUCAAAGCUACACAGCGCCUGCACCAACUGCGAAUGGGUUUACCACAGGCGAUGAUGCAAAUGAUGUACCCUCAAAUAACACGCCUUUACACCCACUAGAUGAAGAAUCUGAGCCGGAAUCUUCACCGCAAGCUCCAGCCAUUUUUGUCAACGGAAAUGAAGCAGAUGGCGAAGUCAUGAAGGCAACCCUAACCGAUGUGCAAAAGGCUAUCGAACAGUUGAAAAUGAACCGAACCUCUUCAAUCGACGGAGACGGUGCCAGAAGCUUUAGUUUUGCCAGUACCAGGGAAGACAGGGAUACCGAUCGUGAGUCGGAAACAGACUACGAACUCAGCGAUACGGAACACCAGGAGUUUGGUGAUGACGGACAUCACAAGAGUACGCGGCAACGCUUAGCUGAAAAGGCACGCAAAGCCGUAGAGGAUGCUGAGAAACUCGAAAUGAUGAUGGGAGGAAUAAGUGCGGGGAAUAGGACUAGUGCUCCGCCUAUUGAGGUUGAGAUGAGUGACGAGAGUGAUGGUGAGGAUGAUGAAGACUACACUCAUUCUUCAAGCUUUUUCCGUAGGCAUUCCGCUAUUGAAGAAGUGGACGAGGACACGGAGGGGAAUGGCACUGCACCCACUCAAACACCACAGGUCCACCAGGAUCUCACGCUUCCAGUACAGGAAAUCGAUGAAUCAGACGCUCGGACAGCGACUGCACCCUCCUUCCCUUCAUUAUCCACUAAUGAAGAUGCCACAGACACCAAAUCUAUCUCGUUACCUACUCCGACAUCUCCCGGCUUCGCUCAUUCUGAAUCUACUAUAUCUACCGUUAUACCCAUACCUAUUUCCGCCAUCACACCACCGUCGAUUCCAUCUACCCCACCACGAACAAUCACACCUGCUGCUGCUGUCGCUCGGAGUCCUUCGCCCAUGCGUGAAACACUCGUGGCCCUGCCUUCCCCAACAGCCUCUUCAUUUCAUAGCAACUCUGGUGCCUUCCAUUUCAGUCCCCAUCAAUCACAGCACAAUAGUGUUUCUUCAGUACCUUCUUCGGCCCUUGCUACUGCUCCAGUCACGACGAGCGAGAGUAGUCAAACCAACUCCCAGCCUUCUCAGAAAGACAACGAGCAGGCGAAGGAAAAGGAGAAGACCCAUCCAUCCGAAUGGAAUGUCGAUGAGGUGGUUGAAUGGGUGAGAGGCAAAGGAUUUGGCGAAGAUGUUUGCGCCAAGUUUACCGAACAAGAGAUUACAGGCGAUGUUCUCCUCGAGCUCGAUGUCAAUUUACUCAAGAAUGAGAUAGGCAUCAUGGCAUUUGGCAAGCGUGUUCGUAUAGCCAACGCGAUCGCAGAACUCCGUCGACCACCUUCUAUCAACUACGAUGAACAAGUCUUGGAGAACCCUUCGUCGCCUUUCGCCGGUUCACAGUCUGUACACAGAAUGAUGAACCAGUCACCACAGUUAUACGCCCAGUCACCUCAUUCAGUCAACUCUCAACCGUACUCACACCCAACGCAUUCGCGAAAUCAAUCCCAAUCCCAGUCGCAUCACUCGUUCCCAGGGAGUGCGACUUCCAUGUCCGGAUUCAGAGAUUCGUUUGGCUCAAACGGAGCUUUAAUUGCGGCUGCGGGUUUGAUGAGUCCAGAAAGUGCACCUCAUACAGGUGACUUGCUUGGUUCCCCAAGGUCGGAUGAACUGUUCGUAAACAGCCAGGAGAAGGCACUGAAGUUCAGACCCGCUCAGCUUACGCUUUCGCCCAGCGAUAGCGCAUUGAACACGAGUGUCACGGCGAUAUCACAAUCUACAGAGACUGAGGAGGAUCGUGCUGCUUUGAGCGAAGGCGAAAUAUCCGCGGGGAUGACCCAGAGCGCGCGGCGACGGCUCUUUGGUCGUUCCCACGAUUCAGCUGCUUCCGGAAGCAAGGACUCUCGUCGAUCUUCGUUUAAAGACGGCGCAUCGCCGACGUCCGCGGCUAUUGUUGCUGAGGGCGACUCGAAGGAGAAGGACGAGAAAGAGAAAGAUACCGAGAAAGGAAAGGAAACAGAUGGAAAGGAUGGAAAGAAUACAGUCAGUGGAAAGAGCCAUGCAAGAGCCAGGAAGAGCAUUGAUGCCGGGAAAUCUGGGGAGCGUCUCAGUAUCUUCGGUGGCACGUUUAGUGGCAUGGGCAAAGGGAGGAAACCUGCGCCGCGGUAUUCAGCAGCCAGCGAAGAUGUUGUACCACCCUCACUCGUGGACAAAUCCACUUCUGGAUCAUCCUUCCAUCUGCCGCGAUUUUCUACUGGUCCAAGAAAACCUAGUACCCGGCCAGGAUCCUCCAGUGGUCCUAAAGAAAAGGAGAAGAGUAGUAGUAAAGAUUUACUUUCACCCCAUAAAGAAGGGACCAUCCGUGAUCCCUCUCUAUUGCGCAAACGCACUUCGUCAUACCCCGGCCCAAAUCCCUCAGCAGAUGCUGUGACGAAAAAGAGAAGCUCGAGCGAGUCUUCUCCGCAAACCAAUGGGAACGGUCAAAGUGCGGUCAAGGCCAACGGUGGUGGGGAUAAUACGCCGCUGAGUCCUCUGAAGCCUGGUCAGAGUAUCUUGGAUCAGAUUGGUGAACCUGACCAUGCUGGUUGGAUGAGGAAGAAGGGCGACCGGUAUAACAGCUGGAAGUUGAGGUACUUUGUGCUGAAAGGACCACAUAUGUAUUAUAUGAGGAGUGAUAGUCAUUCUGAGACAAAAAUCAAAGGAUACAUCAACAUCAUCGGAUACAAGGUCACUGUUGACGAGAAUGUAAAUCCAGGGAAAUAUGGAUUCCGGAUCGAGCAUGAAAACGACAAGACACAUUUCUUCAGCUCGGAGGAAAAGGUGGUCAUCAGGGAAUGGAUGAAGGCAAUCAUGAAGGCAACAAUAGGCAGAGAUUACACGAAACCCGUCAUCUCAUCCGUGAAUAUACCAACAAUCCCUCUCAUGGUCGCCCAAGCUAUGAACCCUGCUCCCCGUCCACCAUCUCCUACGGCUCGAGAUGCAACCCAGAAGGCGCUGCGCCGCGAGAAUCCUAACCAGUUAUCGAGUCGUGAUGCACGAGUACUGAUGGGCCUACCGACUAAUAGCGACACGAAGGAGGAGCGGGUGAAGCUCGAAUCGUUCUUCAGCUCUACAACCGUAGAUGAUGCCAGCAAGGGACCAGCCCCACCAAGACCCUCUCGGGAAGCCAGGAGGGCUAGCGUUUCUCAGUCAUUGGUACCAAACAUUCCGAUAGAUGACGGCCUCAUUGACUGGGCCAACUCCCAUCUGCCUUCAUCACUACAGAUAAUAGAUACCAGUGGUGCGAUAUGUGGAGGACUGACGAUUCUGCGCCUUGCCGAAGCUAUCAAAGGACGACCCUCCUCUCCUCCUGUCCCAGACUCCGCCUUCCCCGCUGACCCAGGCGAUGACAAGCUCGACGGUCUUUUCCGUCUAUUUGACUUCCUCCUCGAUAACGACGUGAAGAUGGGGAGCGUCAGCAUCAAUGACAUCCGCCAGGGUAAGAGAGACAAGGUGCUUCAACUCCUCAAGGCGCUGAAGGCUUGGGAAGAUAAAAGAAAGGCGAUUGCGCAAAGUAUCGGGAAGGGCGCAAUGCAAGCGGGUGGUUUUAUCGCUCCGCCGUAUAGCUUACCUGUUCCACAAUAG